CAGGAUGGAAUACUCCAGCUUUGUAAGAGGCUUCCGGAAGAAAUCGUUCCACAGUUGCACCUGCCCACCGGACACCGAGUACGCCAAGGAGUUUGAAGAGCAAAUGCAAGCGCUAGUCAUCAACUACGACAUUGACGACAAGAAGGUAGAGGAACAGCAGCAUCAGUACGUCCAGAGUCCCAGCACAAGCACUCCUCUAGCAUCCGGCAGUGGGUUGAAGUGGAAAAAUAGAAGGAAAGCAAGCUGCACUACACUGUUUGACGAAACGGAGCGGCUGGAAGUGCCGAAAAAGAAGAUGGCUGUGAAUAUGGACCAAAGUACCGACGGUCAGGAGGACCAUCAGGGAUCGUACGAUUCGAGCGAAGGCAUUUCGAUGCGUUUCGAUUCGUCCAGCUCGAACGAUGAUGCGAUAUGGAAUGAAUUCGUAGGCCGGAACUCGAACGGAUCCAGUGAAAUAAAGAUGGAGCAGCAACACGACAACAAUAACACAUUCUCAUCCGAUGCCAUGCAAGGCGAAGACUCGUUGCUUGAACCGUUAGCCGAUGGUUUUUGUUCCGAGGAGAUGACAAUGUUUGCAACCAAAAUAAUUUGUAUUCCUGCGAAACGGACGCAUGAUGAGGCUAAUAGUUAG